AGUGACGUAACACAGACAGGAGGGUCAGUUUUCGCGCCAAUUUUCUUUCUUGGCAUGGAGGGUUUUGUCUUCGCUUUCUCAAGCAGUCAGCUAACAUUCCUGGCCCACGAUUCUUGAUUUUGAAAUUUAGCAACAUACUAGUGAUAAGAUUCUCCCCAUAAGUUUGAAAACAAUUCAAGCAGACUAAUUUUUAAUUGUUUUUAUAAGUAAUACAAAAAAAUAUUUCAAUGGCUCUUAGGUGUUCUUUGUCCGAUUGGGAAACCAAUAAAAACGAUUUUGAACAUGUUAUACAUGAUCCCCACAAUUGGAACAAAAUACCCUUAAUCAAUACCAUCCCUAACUAUGAAUUACAUGAUCAUCAACUUGUCCGUUUCCGUGGAAUGGUUCAAUACAUGUAUAAUCCAGAAUACUUUAUGGCUCAGUACGAAGUUGAGGACAAUUCAUCUAAAGUUAAAGUGACAAGGUCUGGUCGGUACAGAGAUGUGAUUCAGUGCGCUCCUAAUGAAAAAGUUGUAGAGAAUAGAGACCAGUCUAUCGAAGAGCGUCAAGUUUUCUACUGUAUUACUACUCCUGCACUUAAUGAUUGGGUGUAUCAGCAGGAAAAGAAACUUGGUCUUCAGCAGCAGGAAACAGAGAGUGUUUCUUCUAAAGUUUGUGAUGCUACCACCAAGCGUCAAAUAGAAGAUGAGCCAAUGGACACAGACCAUUUAAAUCAAGAAGCAUCUUCUCUACCACAAAUUUCAACCUCAAGUGCUACUGUCCAGGAACCCAAGAGAUUUUUUGCUGGAAAUUCUAUGAACAAUUCAGGCAGUUCUGCUUGUCAUGGGCUUAGCCUCAACUUCCCAAUUGAUGGAUCUCAUGGAAUAGCGUGUUUAGUAAAAAUUAAUGACUCAGAUAGUCUUCCAUCUCUCAAAAUAAAUGAUCUAAUUGAUGUAGUGGGAUUUCUUUCAUUGGAUCCGUCACUAGCUCAUGUGCCGUCAAGCAUGGGCACAGAAGCAGAAAACCUGGCUGAAAAUCCUCCUCCAUCAAUUGUUCCGAGACUUCAUGCUGUAACUUUGCAGAAAGUAACACACGUUAAUUUACUUCCUAACAAUCUUGAUGACAUUUACAAAACAGCUUUAAAAACAAAGAAAGAGCUUCAUUUUGUACUAACUCAAAUGUUGUUGGGUGAUUCCUUAGCUGCUGAUUACCUGAUCUGUCAUCUAAUUUCUCUUGUGUAUAUGCGAAAAGAUGGUCUUGCUUUAGGCCAUUUUUCCUUGAAUUUAUCUAAUUUACCUCAACGUCCUGAUUACACACGACUACUGUAUUCAGUCUUGGAAAGACUUCUCCCAAAGAGCCACUACUUGCCAAUGACGCUGGAAAAUAUGAAUACCUUAUCAUUCUCACCCAAGAUGGACUAUGAAGCAAAUCGCCUCUCUUCAGGUCUUCUUCAACUGAGCGAUAACACACAUCUAAUUGUUGAUGAAACUAGACUAGAGGCCGGCAAGCUUGAUGCUUCAGGUGUUGUCAAUGUUCAGGCUUUGAGAACAUUAAUUACUCAUCAAAUUGUUAACUACGAUUUUCAAUAUUACUCUAAACCAUACGACGCAGAUGUGCCAGUUCUCAUUCUUUCAGAGGGUAAAUCUCUGUUGCCAUGUAACAUGCUGGUGUCUUUGAAUGCUGAUCCGUCAUGUUUAAAUACUCUACCAGAAAUUUUCCAAGCUGCUAAUCACUUUCUACGUGAGCCUCUUCUUACAGAGAUUCGAUUGUACUUAAGUGUUAUGCGUCAUUCUGAUUAUGAAUUCCCAGAGGAUCUUCAAAAGCAAGCUCAAGAGGAUUUUGUUCAAAUGAGACAGACAGGAGGACAGAAUGUCUCAGCAGAAGACCUUCAUUUGCUAUUAGUGCUUGCAAGGUUGGUGUCUUUAAGCAAUGGAGAAAAAACUGUUUCAUUGGAUGCAUGGGAAAAGGCAAAAAGGAUGGAAGCGGAAAGGAAAUCACGAAUUGAUAUCCAACGGGGUCGGGCGGUGCAACCUGCUAAUGAACCAUAAAAAUCACUACUACGAAGGACUAAUUGAAGAAAUAAAUUUUACUUGUAAUUUAUUGAAAA